AUGAGCUCAGAUUCUCCUGUUAAUUUCAAUUCACAAGGAAGCAAAAAUGAGAAUGAUCCAAACGAUAACAAAAACAAUGUCAAUAAUGAGUCAUUUGAUCAAUUAAUUAACAAUCAUGCUUAUAAUAUCCAUGAUUAUGCCACUGAGUUCAAAUUACCCGAAAAAAUCACUCUCGGUCGAUAUAUUUUUGAAAGAUUAAAACAAUUGAAUGUAACUACAAUUUUUGGAGUCCCAGGUGACUUUAAUUUGACUUUAUUAGAUAAAGUUAAUGAAGUGAAGGGUUUAAGAUGGGCCGGAAAUGCCAACGAAUUAAAUGCUUCCUAUGCUGCUGAUGGCUACUCAAGGAUCAAAAGAAUGGGAUGCUUGGUUACAACUUUUGGAGUUGGUGAACUAUCUGCUAUUAAUGGUGUAGCUGGUGCUUAUGCUGAACAUGUUGGUUUAGUUCACAUUGUUGGUGUUCCUUCAUUACGAUCUCAAUCAAACCAUUUAUUAUUACAUCAUUCUUUAGGAAAUGGCGAUUUCCAUGUAUUUGAAAAAAUGAGUAAAGAUAUAACUAAAUCGACCAUUGUCUUGCAUGAUCUUAAUCAUUCUCCUGGUGCUAUUGAUGAGGCAUUUAGAGAAGCUUUUCUUUCUCAAAGACCUGUUUAUAUUGCAAUUCCAACUGAUUUGGUUGAUUUAACACUUCCCUCUACUUAUUUAAACAAAAAACUUGAUUUAUCAUUACCAUUGAAUGACACUGAAGCUGAAGCUGAGUUUAUUAAUAAUGUUUUUAACCUUGUUAAAAAAUGCGAGAAUCCAAUAAUUUUAGUGGACGCUUGUUGUUCAAGACAUUCCUGUGUUUCUCUUACAAGACAAUUUUCUGAUUUAACUAAAUUUCCAACUUUUGUUACACCCAUGGGUAAAGGUUCAGUUGAUGAAACUAAUCCAAGAUUUUCAGGUGUUUAUGUUGGUAAAUACUCGCCGGAUUAUGUUAAAAAUAUUGUUGAAAGUGCAGAUUUGAUUUUUUCAAUUGGUAGUUUAUUAUCCGAUUUUAAUACUGGUGCAUUUACUUAUUCUUAUAAAACCAAAAAUUUGGUUGAAUUUCAUUCAGAUUACUGUAAAAUUAAACAUGCUUUUUACACAAAUUUACGCAUGGAACAUGUUUUAAAAAGAUUGGUAACAAAAGAAAAUUCAUCUAAAAUGUUGGAAAUUUUAAAAGAAAAAGAUUAUUAUUCAAAAAAUACUACAAUUCCACCUUAUAUUACCCCCAAAUUAGAUACCAAAAAAAAUGAUAAAGAAUUGACACAUUCAUUUUUAUGGGAUCAUUUAUCAUUGAUUUUAAGAGAAAAGGAUAUAAUUAUAACAGAAACUGGAACAUCAUCAUUUGGAAUAUUACAAACAAGAUUUCCUAGUCAAUGUAUUGGAAUAUCUCAAAUAUUGUAUGGAUCAAUUGGAUAUACAGUUGGUGCAUGUUUAGGCGCAUCAAUGGCAAUUGAAGAAGUUGAGCCUGAAAGAAGAGUUUUAUUGUUUAUUGGAGAUGGGUCAUUACAAUUGACUGUGCAAGAAAUUAGUACAAUGAUCAAAUGGAAUUUGAAUCCAUAUCUAUUUGUUUUGAAUAAUAGGGGAUAUACAAUUGAAAGAUUGAUCCAUGGAAAAACCGAAAAAUACAACGAUGUUGAAAAUUGGGAUUAUUUAUCCAUUCUUAAGACAUUUAAUGGAAAUGUAGAGAAAAAAUACGAAACAAAAAGAAUUGCGACAGUGGAAGAUUUUAAAGAAUUAGCUAAGGAUAAAGAUUUUGCGAAAAAUGAUAAAAUUCGAUUAAUUGAGGUUAUCUUAGAUAAGGACGAUGCACCUACUAAUUUGGUUCAUCAAGCCACUGAAACUGCUGCCACAAAUAGUGGAACUAGUAAGUAG